AUAAACUGCAAUUAUAGAAGAAACUUAAACUACAUCUACAAAUCUCGCAAAACGUUUAUCUCUCCAGCUAUUUUUUUUUUGCCACAAGCCACAAGCAAAAACCGAACGCGAUUUUUUAUUUUCCGAUUUGGCAUAGAACUCAAGUUUUUAGACACGUUUCGACGUUUCAGAUCCCAAGUUGUCAUUGUUUGACAGGAUGUUUCAUAAAACGUAAAAAUUGUUGAUGGAGAUGGGACGGAUCCAUGAUGAAUAUUCGAUAAAAAUCUGUCAGCGUCAGCUGCAAACUGUCAACGUUGACUGAUUUUACUUCACUCCUCGCUCGAAUGGUCACUGUCACUAACUGAGAAACUGACACUGACUGACUUGGGAGUAUUUCCAUCUUGCAGCCUCUUCUAUUGGGUUUUUGUUAAAUAGUGUGAUUUUUUUAACAUACGUGUCGCUGCUAUUAUCAGAGGAUCUAUUUUUUGAGUCCACUGCUUUCAGUGUGAAAACUAACUUGUGGUCAGUGUUGAAAAUAUCUUGAAAAGUGCACAGUCCAUCAAUUUACUGAACAUGUCGAUUCAAGAAAAACUAACAGCUCUUAUGGCUAGGCCUGGUCAGGACCCUGUAGGAAAAGAUGAUGUUGCCUGGUGGUUGAAAUUUGGUGGAAGAGCACUAGGGACUGUUGGAGGAUUUGCUGCAAUGUUUUUGGGAGUAUUUGUUGUGAUAUCAUUCUCGCCCUUAAACAUUGUUGGUGGUCUGCUACAGAUUGUAGCUGGCUUCAUUGUUCUUUGCUGUGAGGCACCUUGUUGUUGUAUGUUUGUUGAUAAUGUACAACGGCUGGCAGAUUUUGUGGACAGCAGGCCUUAUUGGAACAGAGCAGCUGCAUAUGUUGUGUUAGCUUUGGUGCCGUUCUUCUUAAGCUUCUUCACUCUAUCAGCCUUCUUUGGAUGUGGUUUGAUAUUUGGAACUGGAAUCCUUUAUGGAAUGAUGGCAUUGGGUAAAAAAGGUAGCAGAGAAGACAUGGCAACUGUGGCUUCCCCGCAAAUGGCUACAACACCGACUGGUGUAGCACAAAAUGACCAUCGCACAACUCUAAUGGAGGAUCCUGACGUUUGGCGUCCGACGUAAAGAAUUAAUGGCAACAGCAGAAGAGAUGCGGCAAGCGGCGUACGCAGAAAAUGUUGCGCCCAAAGCCCCGGAUACCGGUAUGCGAUCUAACCUUGUCAACAACGCUCAGCCAGUGAGUUUCACUGGAGCCCCAGUAUUCGAUAGCAAUGUUUGAUAUUUAAUUCAUUAUUUAUAUACUUUUCCCAUGUUCAUAGAAAUAUGUCAAGUGUUAUUGUAAGGUAAUUUGUCUGUGGUCUGUCAUUAGAAAAAGUCUUCCGCAGUUGUUUAGAAAUGCAAAGUCGUGUGUGUAAAAUCUGUGAAUAUGAGCAUAUUAUGUCUAAAGAAAUUGGGAUGAAGUGGAGCUCAAUAACACCCAGAAUUUUUGAAAUGCAAGAUAGAUAUUAACUCUUGAGUGAAAAGAUACGCAGUCUAGAAAGUUAAAUGAGAAUGCAUAAUCACUAACACACGAACUGAUAGUCAGAUUUUCCUCUUUUUUGUGGAGAUAUCUGUCAAUCAAUGCAUAAUUCUAGACAGUUGCGAUCAUUCUUAUGUCAGGUGAUCUAAAAAAUGCUCAAUUCAUGACAAUGUCCCCACAGAGAUGUUUUUAUAUGACGCGAUAAAACUAUAAAUGUACAAUUACAGAUAAUUGAAAUUACUAUUCCAAUUUCAUUAAAAUUGUAUCUUAUAUGAUUAAAUGGGGUGAAGUACGGGUGUAGUGUCAUUUUCUUAUGAGAUUUAAAACAUGUAGGUAUGCAUUCAGUUUGAUGCAGUAAUAUUAGCAAAAAAUUUGACAAAAGCCUAUCAAAUUACACUUUGAUGAACUCUGUAGAAUCUUCCGAAACGUUAGUAUAGUAUUGUUAUUGAAUAAUAUGCAGAAAUGGUGAAUUUACAUGUGAAAUUGUUUUAUCAUUUUAUUCAACCAAUGUUUUAUAAUGUUCAAACGGUAUUGUUUGAAGCUAUAAUGAUCAUUUAUAGAUCACCUGGUAGCAUAACUUGAUUUUUUCUUCCUUUUUACAUGGAAAGUUGGAUUUUUGUAAGCUCUAAGUACAGUGAAAUUUAUUUUAUAGAACAGUCAUUAGGAAAUUGAAGUUAUUGUAAUGGUCAGAAUUUUUAGAAGAUUUCCACACAUCUAUCAUAUUCAUUUUUAACAUAGGGAUUUACUGAGGUUAUUAUAGGUACUUCCAUAUAUGCAAGAAUGCCAAAGAUUUUCAAGAUAAACAUAGUCAUUAAGUGGUUGUAAAGUUAUCUUUGAACAAAUUGUAGAGUGAAGUGAUCAAACCCUGAGCAACAAUCAGUUUUGACAUGCUCAUAUUUCCAAUAGCUUUAUAUGUAAUUGUAAAAUCGCCAAUUUUAACAUUCCAUUGACGUUUUGGUAUUAAUAUCAUGUAAAUAUGAAAAUAUAUAUCGGAUGUUUUCUAACCCAUUUGAAAAAUGAAGCUUUGAUCAUUACAUAACAUUUGUUAGAAAUUUACUGUCAGAUUGUAUUAUUCGAUGUACGAAUAUAUUACUAAAACAAUUAGAGUUUAAAGUAGUUGAAGUAAUGAAUAGCAACGUUGUUGUAAAUAAACUUUAAAAUAAGAAUUCAUUAUUAUUAUGGUAGUGUUAUAUGGUGAUAUUUAUUUUGGCAUGAUCUUUGAACACUUGAUGAUCAGUUGUUAUAAUUACCAGAUGACAAAACACGGUUGGUCAAUCUUCAAUAGUAAAUUCAAAACGUACAGACUUAUUCUAGAGACUUCAUUGUUAUUAGUGUAAAGCUACUGGCAAUAGAUUCCUCCAUAUUUGCAUAGCAGAUUAAGCGUGAAUCGUUAAGUUGGUUGAUUUAGGCGAGGGAUGAAAGGGUGUGCAAUUUUAUUAAUCGCAAAAUUAGUUAAAUACUGGUACUGGUAUAAUUCUGAUUACUGUGCAAUGUGUUGGUAUUCACUAGUUAAUGUUUGUUUUUGUCCUUACCAACGAGAUCCAGAAUUUAGAAUGCUUUGUUUGAAUGCAAAGAUGUGACAGUUCUGGAAGUAUAACAACUGAAAAUCAGAUGUAAUUAUUAAUGUGUCUGGUCAUAUUUGAAUAUAGGUAUAUUUCCUUAGAAUGUGUAUGUAAAAAUGUAUUAGUAGUUUUAACGCUAGUUUUAUUUUAUUGUGAUAUUUAUUAUAUUUAAUACUAUGCUUUCAUCUGACACAUUCAUUUGUAUUAAAGCAGACAGUUUGAUAAAACUCGUAAAAAUGUGAAUUUAAACAUAGCUUUUAUGUACCUCUGACAGUACAGAACCUGUCAAUCUCAUAACAGUCUUCACCUAAAUUUUAUCGACUAAAAAAUACUGUAGUGAAAAUAAGAGUAUUUUCAUAUGCGCGAGUACUUUUGUAUAAAAUAGUGUAGUUUUGUGCUACACUCAUAUAAACAUAUCACAGUUACUAAAAUAAUGAUGAAGUAUAAGUUGUAUCAAAAAUUUUAUAUUCCCACUUAAAAGCUGUUUGGUGAUAAUAAGUAUAUGACGAAAAUUACUGUUUUGAAUUGUGACAUUUUUGUUUUUUACUUUUCACGCCUGCUGAUGAGGAAGUAUUGUAUCGCGUAAACUUUAAAUGUACCGCUAGGAUUUGUAUGAAAAUUUCACACAAGGUAACUUUUUUGUCUUCUUGCCAAACAUAAUCAUUUAUGAACUGAUGACAUUGUUGCGUGGAAAGUACAGAGUGAACUUGGUUGACGCUACUCUUAUAUAAUACAUUUAGGUGUCUACAAAAUCGAUGUAAGGUCUUUAUUUUUUCCGUUAUGUAAAUAACUGGUAGUCACACAUACAGGGUAAGUUCAUUCUGGUGGAUAAAUUCACAUUUUUAUCAUAGAUUCAGUUUAUUCAAAGAAAGGUAUCAGUCAUCCACAGUUGAUCAAUAUAUGGUCUUCAUUCACAUAGUCAUACAUAACCUAUGAUACUUCCGUAUUUUAGACUUAAUUUUAAACAUAAGACUGUUUAAUUUUAUUUGGAUGUUUUUGCUCAAUAUGUUGAAAACCGUUUAGAAUUAUUCCUAGCACGAAUAUGUUUUUAUAUGUCAAAUUGUGAGCUUUCAAUUUAUUUAUUCCAUUGGAAAUUGAAAAUAUGCAUGAAUAUAUGAAGGCAUUCCAAACCCUGUUUUUCUGCGUGUUCCAACUUCAAGACCGAUUAUACAUACAGGGUGUCCAGUGGGAAAGUUCACAAUAGAACGUUGGACCGGAGCGCAACGUACUUUUGCUAUCGAGUCUUACUUUAAGAGAGAUGAUUCAUAUGCAGCAUAGGAAAUUUUGUACAAGUUACAACAUUCGCAGAUCAAGAGAUGCCACAAGUAAGAACCUAUUGAAAAAGUGGAUUAAGAGGUUCCGUGAAACAGGCUCUACUUUUAGUCAACCCAUUCCUGGCACCACACCUACUGUAUCAACCGAAGAAAAUGUGCGUCGAGUAAGUGAUUCGGUCAUUGCAAAUCCUCGGCGUUCUGUACGGAAGCACUACGCUGCUUUGGGAAUCCCUAGGUUAACACUGCAUGGCAUAAUGAAGGAAAAAUGGGUUUUCGUCCUUAUAAAAUCCAAUCAGUCCAUGUUUUAAAGGAAAGUGAUUACGUAUUUCAGAAAUCUUGUGCUGAACGGAUGUUGAAUCUGUUUGCUACCCAGCUGAGACUCGAGAACGUUGUUUUCAGUGACGAAGCCCAUUUUCACUUAGACUGUUAUGUGAACAAGCAAAAUUGCAGAUAUUGGGCGUAUUUCUUUGAAGAUGAAAACGGUCAUGCAUUGACAGUCAAUUCCGAGCUAUACAAGGACAUGAUUGACACUCUUUUUGUUCCUAUUGUAAGAACAACGUCGAUUUGACAGAAAUACAUGGUUUCAAUAGGAUGGGGCCACUGCCCAUACUUCCAGAUAAUCAAUGGACACAGUGAAAGCACUUUUCCCUCAAAAAGUUAUAUCGAAGUUUGGAGACAUUCACUGGCAUCCUAGGUCACCCGACCUCACGCCAUGCGAUUAUUUUUUGUGGGGUUAUCUAAAGUGUAUUCCAAUAGUCCACGGACACUGGAGGAGCUUAAAGACAACAUUCGACGAAAAAUAAACAUCACUCCGGAACUCUGCAAAGAGAAGUGUUUCAGAAUUUGCGCGCCCGAUUACAAGAGUGUGUCCGAAGGGAUGGCAAACAUUUGGAUGGAAUGAUAUUUAAGAAAUAAAACCCGCUGAAUUUACGAAUAUGUUGAUAGUAAUAAAUAUAGCCCCACCGUACCCAAUGGGUGUUUAGGCCUUAGGCCUUCGUGGUAGAAGGAGUAUAUAAAAAAAACUUUUCAUUAAGUUUGUAUUAGUUUUUUUAAAUCAUAAAGUGAACUUUUCCACUGGACACCCUGCUUAGAUCCCCCAACACAAUUUCUAAGUACCGCACUCAUUACAAGUGAUUAGAUAAAGAAGUCAAGACAUGAUUGAUGAACUGUGAAACGAGUGGUCAUACCGACCAGUGCUCGACGUACAGAACCAUUUCCAGUUACAGUGAGAAUUGGCUCAAAACGUACCGACAUCAUAGACGAGAACACACAGGGGCAGUCUGUUGACACAGCUACUGCCACUUUCAUGGUACCAGCACCUUGGAGUACAUGCAUUUCUGAGUUAUAUAGAGUGACUCAUAGAAGAGUAACAAAAAAACCUGGGUCCAAAAAUGCUCCCUUAUCGGGAUAUAAUGGUCUUGAGGUUAUAAUUUUGAAAUCGAAAAAAUGUAUCUUCAGAGUGGCAUUGAUUUAAAAUGUUGUGCAUAUAGUAACAAAGCUAUAACUCAUGCAUACAAAAUUUUUUGUGACUCAGGCUACACUUCCUUCUAAUUGGGUUGAAUAUUUUGCGGUGUCCGUAUAAAAAAACUUCAUCCCUCAUGUGUUUCUACUAGCAAAAUACGAUGAGGUUUUGGUGCAGUUUCAUAUUGAAAAUUGUAUGCAUUGUAUUAGCGCAGUAGUAGCCAUAGCGUUAUUUUAACAAUAUUCUUCUUUUGUCCUUAUCCAGUCUCAUCAAUGGCAUAGAAAUUUACAUCACCCGUUAUCUUUGCAAUGAAGCAUUUCUUAUACCUGUUUAACCUGUUUAUAGGAACUUUUUACGUUAUUCUUGGAUGUGCACUUUCUGCUCUAGAAAUAUUGCCAUUGUUUUUUUAAUCACCUUGUAUAAAAUCUGCCUAAAACUUGCAAAAUUCAGCUAAUGAAUUUAUGGUGAAAGCAAAGAAAACCAUUCAAUUUUACAAAUGUAUUCACAAGACAAUACACGUAAUCGAUUUGUUCUUAAAUACUAAACUAAAAAAGUAUAUUAACUAUUGAAAAUACAAAUGAAUCGGUCAUUUAUAUUGUUCAUAAUUAAAACACAUUUCUAAGCAGGUACUUUUACUUUUGAUAUGAAUUUUAACUAUUAUUAAAUAUUGCUAUUGAGCAGAAGUUAAUCAUUUUGAUACAAAUGUAAACAUGAGCGAAAUUUCAUUUCGAAAAAGUACCAGCUUAAAACAUAUUUACAAGAUUGCUUUUACAUUCUCGACAUUUACUAAAAAUCGUGUAAAAAAUAUAUAUACAUUUCUGUUUCUAAUCCUAGCCUUAGCAUUAAAAAACCUGCUAGUAUUUCCUUCACAGUAAACAUUGUAAUACUGUGGUUCAUUAUUGCACAAAAUGAUAACUAUAACGGAAAAUAUUGUUUUAGGUGGAUGGAAAUUAAUAUCCUUAUAUUUUCUCUGUGAAAAAAAUACGAACAGGGCAUGAAAAAUAAAUAAAUAAAUAAAUAGUGUGCAUAAAUAUACCUUACAUACAGGGUUGGUGCCAAAAAUGGCUUGGAAGAAAUUACUGUAUAAAGUAGUAAAAUAAUUUUAAAUAUCUAUUUUAAAAUAUUUGGCAUCAUUUCUUUCAUUAACAUACUUAAAUUCUCAAAGUGACUGAGUAUAUACUAACACUAUACAAUCAUUUUGUAGGCGUUUAGAAAUACUAUAUUUUCCUCCAAUUUAAUAUUUUCUCCUUCAAAAAAUAUACUUUUAAAACUAGGAAA